CUCGGAUCUGAUUGGUUACUGCGGUUUGAAGCCUUGGAGAUGGUGUUCAUGGCUACCUGACUGUAUUUGUACUCUAAUGGAGUUCUGAAGGGGAUAUGAUUAUGGAUGCAGACCUCAAAGGCUGUUUUAGAUCUACAAGAAAUUAAUGAACGGGACACAGGAGCGUCUGACGCCCGUACUGCGAGAUGUGACAGGAUGCUGAACCAUCACUGCAGAAGGAACCCAGAGUUACAGGAGGAGCUGCAGAUCCAGGCGGCGGUGGCGGCCGGCGAUGUCUACACUGUCCGUAAGAUGCUGGAGCAGGGCUACUCGCCCAAGAUCAGAGAUGCCAAUGGCUGGACGCUGCUGCACUUCUCUGCGGCAAAGGGCAAGGAGCGCUGCGUGCGCGUGUUCCUCGAACAUGGAGCGGACCCCACAGUGAAGGAUUUUAUCGGAGGCUUCACAGCCCUGCAUUAUGCUGCCAUGCACGGCCGUGCCCGCAUCGCCCGCCUCAUGCUGGAGUCCGAGUAUCGCAGCGACAUCAUCAAUGCCAAGAGCAAUGACGGCUGGACCCCUUUGCACGUGGCGGCCCACUACGGCCGCGACUCCUUCGUGCGUCUCCUCUUAGAGUUCAAAGCCGAGGUGGACCCGCUCAGCGACAAAGGCACGACGCCGCUCCAGCUGGCCAUUAUCCGCGAGCGCUCCAGCUGUGUGCGCAUUCUGCUCGACCACAAUGCCAACAUAGACAUUCAGAACGGCUUCUUGUUGCGUUACGCCGUCAUCAAGGGCAACCACUCGUACUGUCGCAUGUUCCUGCAGCGGGGAGCGGACACUAACCUGGGCCGGCUGGAGGACGGACAGACGCCGCUGCACCUGUCGGCCCUCAGAGACGAUGUGCUGUGCGCUCAGAUGCUGUACACGUACGGGGCCGAUACCAACACACGCAACUACGAGGGCCAGACCCCCGUGGCUGUUUCAGUCAGCAUGUCUGGCAUCAGUCGACCCUGUCUGGACUUCCUGCAGGAGGUCACAAGGCAACCCAGGACUUUGCAGGAUCUGUGCAGGAUAAAGAUCCGGCAGUGCAUCGGCCUGCAGAGCCUAAAGUUUCUGGAAGAUCUGCCCAUUGCCAAGGUCAUGAAGGACUACCUAAAACACAAGUUCGACAAUGUUUGACGGAAGCCAACAAACUCAUUUCUGUAGGUUCCCUUAAGACUCUAUGCAAACUCUCUUUUUUUUUUUUUUUUCAUUUUUAUUCAAAACCUCUGGGAGCAGGUGCAGCGUUUUGUACAAAUGGAGCGAAAAAGCUUAUUUACAGAGAAACGACUGUGGAUCGGGGAGCACUGUAAUGGCCACGUUUGAUUCGUUAGUAGAAGGUGUCCUUUCAUGCAUGCCUGGAGAAAUUCCUGACCCAUGAGAGAAGAAAAAACGCGAUGUUUGAUUUGUACCAAUAUCUUUUUUUUUUUGUUCUUAAAUCAACAAGGCCUUUGUAAGUAUUUGACGUUUUCUAUCGUCAAAAUUCUCAGUCAAGGAGACCCUUUUAAACUAGCAAAUAUUCAGGCCACUCUCACAAUUGUGCAUGCAUGUGAUAUUGUCCUUUUUUGCUCGGGAGAAAUUCUUUGGUCUAUUAAGUUAUUAACCCUCUGUUGAGAAUCCAAUUCAUUCAAAUUAAAAAAAAAAUCAUACUAAAAAAACCCACAAGAUCUCAGUUUUUCUGUGCAAACAUUUCAGUUUUUUAAAGAAUGCCUCAUUUAAUCUGAUUACAGUAUCUUAAGUUUCCAUUCAAAGUUCUCGAGAGGUCUACAGGUGAACGUAUGUACACAUAAAUCAUUAACAAACUUUAUGUAAAUAAUUGUGUCAUAUAUGUACAGCAGAUAUUUUUAGACUAUUUAAGCCACAAGCUUGUGUUAUCAAAGUGUUUUGGGGGUUUUGUUGUGUUCAUAUUGUGACCUAUCAAGGGCUUUCAUGUGGGAAUGUCCGAAUUCCCAAAGAAUUGGAAAAUGAGAUUCGAUUACAGCUAUUAGUGAUGCCUAAUGUUAAUUGGCCAUAAGAUUUUUUUUUUUGUUUUGUUUGUUAUGCACAUGAAAAAUCAGUAACUUAAUUUAUUCUAUUUUUCAUUUUGUUUAUUCAAGAUUUGAAAUGCACUUAAGUAUGUUUUUUCUUCAGACUAUAAACCGUUGUCAAACCUACGUGUAAGGUCUCAUAGCAUUAAGUUAGUUCAGUUUGACACAAGCAUUCAUUUUGUUUCAUACUUGUCAUUCAGAUCGCAACUUGAUUUUUAAUCUCCCCCCUAAAAUCUCAAUCAGUGUAAGAGUUUUGUGGGAGAUAUUUGUGUGAUCACUUUAAAUGUCGGGACUCUGAACGGACUCCUUCACUUUCACUCGAGUCUAUUUUAUCUAAACCUUUUUCUAACACUAGCUGCCUUUACUUGCAAUCUUUGACGCAGUACAGCUACAGCAUUUCACCACAUCAUGAACUCAAUUCAAGAGCAUUAAAGUGACCUGCCACAAAAUUUAAAUGAAAUCUUUUUCUUUUUUUUUGUCGCAUUUUUUAGGUUCAGUUUAGUGUGUUUUGGGUGUUUGUUGGGACGAAACCAUCUCUGGAUGACUGCUUGCUACCAUAAUGUAUUGAACUUCAGAUCAAUGUUUGGAGGACUGAUUUAAGAGUGAAGGAAUGUUAUUUGGGAAUUGUCUUUACUAAGCGAAAGUCUUCCACAACUUCUACUACUGAAUGUAUAUAAUCUGCUGUUUGCAAGUUUCACAUGUACAUUUGUGUGAAUAAAUGAAUCUCAUAAUGUCCCCAUUUGUUAUUUUUCAAAGUCUUAUUGCUGUACUUUGAAGCAGUAAUUGUGCCGUGUUCAUCGAUUUGCAUCCAUUUUUCUAGAGUUUGAUGACUUUCUAAUAAAAUGUCUGCUAAA